AUGCAGGAAGCACACGCCCAGCUUGCCCAAGCCAUCGGCUUCGCGACCCAGGCGGGAUACUACAACGCAGCAAAGGUAACCUUGACCUUCCAGCUAUGCCUUCUCCGCACAGACUCGUGUUGUAUGCUGCAAUUCGUAUGCUGACGUUGACACGUUGUCCACCAGAUCUUCGGUCCCAAGAGCUUUGACGAUGCCAACCGUACGUGCAACGAAGCCGGGUCUUUCGCAGAAGCCAAAUACAUGUACCGCUGGCAGCAGAGCCGUGUCGUGCAAUUCUGUCUCUCCCAAGGCAUCCAUGAUCCCGCGAGCCUCGAGAACGAAAGCGAUGACCGCCUUCAGCUCGCUGUCCAGGCUGCCUUCCCAUGGAAGGUCCAGAUGGCCCAGAAAGAGAUGGCAGAUGCAAUCGCGAGGAUCCGUAGGUCCAAGACGGACUGGCUGGCUCGAUACCAGAACGGCCAGUAUAACAAGUCAAGUCUCAAGUACUGGGACCCGGUGGACUUGGUCGCCGAGCCGGAGGAUGAGGAGGAGGCGGCGGAUGGUGAAUAUCUUCUCUCCACAAUGACAUUAGGACACAGCUUGGCUGACUGACACUCCUCCAGCCCCGCCCAGAGAACCACCACCGCGGCUUCCACUCUUCCAGACUCCAGCACCGCAGACCCUACCACAUCGAGGUCAGCUGUCUCAGGACCGAUCGUUCCGCCCCGAUGCCUCGUUUGUCAGCAUCUCCGGCAGACCCUCUCUUCCUAACAGCCCGGUCGACCGCCAGCACGCACCACAAUCGCCGCCACCGCGGGAGACACCAUUCCAGCCACUGUCCCCAUCGACUUCGACCAUCUACAACAUCCCGUUUCCGUCGCCGGCGAAGACCACUCCCUCCAAGUCGACGAUCUCCGGCACGCGGUCUACUCCUGUCAAGCGUUUCAGCCCUCUCAAGUCGCCGGGCGGAGGCAAGUCGUCCACUCCUGUCCCGUCGCCAUCUGUGGGACAGAAGACCAUGCCAGCAGACGUCUCGACGCCGACUCGGACCGUAAAGGCCCAGACGCAGAAUGUGCCCGACGGCGACGAGGUGGACAAGGCGAUCGCGGAGGCGCUCGUGAAGCUGGAGAAUAUGGGUAUCUGA